ACGGUCAGGGUUUAGGGUUCUUUUCACCCUCGUCGAUUCUUUGUUUUCGCUGCUCCCGAAUCCGUUCUCUAUUCCUCGCUUUCCCGGUCCUCUCUUCGCGCUCCUGCCUGAGACGGGAUCGAUCAACCACCGCGGCACUCCUUUCUGCUCUCUUCCUCGGACCAUUCCCACGAUCCUCAUCUCGUCGCAUCGUGGCAUCUCUCUGAUCCUCUGAUUCUCGUUAAAUCUUCUUUGCACACCAUUGCCGACUAAUGGCAGCGAGAAAUUUAGGUGGCCAUGAGUUUUUAUACAUGGGUGUGCUGUCGGUGAUCGUUUGAGCUUGUUGGUAUGGAAGGGGAGGGUGAUUCACAGGUCAUUAAGCCGAUUAAUAAGGCGGUGGUUCAUAGAAUUUGUUCGGGGCAAGUGAUCUUGGACCUCUCGUCUGCUGUGAAGGAGUUGGUCGAGAAUAGCUUAGAUGCUUGUGCAAGCAGUAUUGAGAUAAAUCUGAAGGAAUAUGGCGAGGAGUACUUCAAAGUUAUUGACAAUGGUUGUGGUAUCUCCCCUCAAAAUUUUCAGGCCCUUGCCCUAAAGCAUCAUACAUCUAAGAUAUCAGAAUUUUCUGAUCUUCACUCCCUGAGAACUUUUGGCUUUAGAGGGGAAGCACUGAGCUCCCUUUGUACCUUGGGGAAUUUGAUUAUUGAAACAAGAACAAAAAAUGAACCACUUGGUACACAUUUAAUCUUUGAUCAUUAUGGUUUAGUGACAGCUGAAAAGAAGAUUGCACGACAGGUUGGAACCACUGUGACCGUUGAGAAGUUAUUCUCCACUUUGCCAGUGCGAAGUAAGGAAUUCAGUCGGAAUAUACGACGAGAAUACGGAAAGCUUGUUUCUUUAUUGAAUGCAUAUGCCCUAAUCGCUAAGGGUGUUCGAUUGCUUUGCACAAAUACAACUGGAAAAAAUUCGAAGUCCAUGGUACUGAAAACUCAAGGAAGCAGUUCAUUGAAAGAUAAUAUCAUAACUGUAUUUGGUCUAAGUACCUUGCAGUGCUUAGAGCCACUGAAUUUAUGUGUAUCAGAGGGUUGCAAAGUUGAAGGCUUUCUUUCUAAGUCUCGAUAUGGUAGUGGUCGUAAUUUAGGAGAUAGGCAAUAUUUUUAUGUAAAUGGCAGACCUGUAGAUAUGCCAAAGGUUGGUAAACUUGUAAAUGAAUUGUAUAGAUAUUCAAAUUCCAAACAGUUUCCCAUCGCAAUCUUGAACUUUAUCAUACCAACCACAUCGUAUGAUGUCAAUGUUACUCCUGAUAAGCGGAAAAUUUUCUUUUCUGAUGAGGGUGGCCUUAUGCUCUCCCUGAGGGCAGAGGUUGAGAAGAUAUACUGUCCUCAUCACUGCAGUUAUACUGUUAAUAUGAUUGAAAAGCCUGAGAAAGAAGCACAUACAUCGCAAGUGGUUGCUUCAGAGGACAAAAAUCCUUUAUCAGCAUCCAAGGAAUUAUCUCCUGAAGAUGGUGUGGGCAGUCAAGUAUUUUUUAAAGACAAUUCUCCAAAGAUGCUGCAAGUUAAAGAGUUAGAUGAGGAAAAAGGAAUUUUCCUUAAUGAAAAAAACUCUAUGCCAGAAAAAGUGAAUACUAGUUUAUGUGAAAUGAAGGAUUCUGGAAGUCCUUCCGCCCAUGCCCAUCAAUUUCAGCACUCAAGUGACUUUCAUGAGCCAAAGAUCGAUGAGAUGGCAAUAAAUCAUUUUAGACUAGAAAGGAAUAAUAAUUCUACUCGUUCAAAUCUUGUUCAGUCUUCUCUUACAAAUUUUGUUUCUCCAAACAAGAGGAAACAUGAGAAUUGUUGCAAAGUAUUGUCUGAAGCACCUGUAUUGAGACAUGAAACACCUUCCUGUCAAGUCAGGAAAACCAGUUCAGCUAUGCGGACUUCAGUCUCAGAAUCCCAUCAGUAUGUUCCAGAAGAUGAUUCACCUGGAGCCAAUACAAUAGAGUUGCUAGAAUGCCAAGUACCACCUGAUGUCUCUAAUAAAGAGGAAAUCUCCUUUUCCGGCGAACGUGAUUUUCAUGAUAGAGGAUCUCAUGAGUCAGAUUCAGAAAUGCAGGAUGUGCCUAUAUCACCUGCUGAUGCUACAGUAUGUUCUGAUGAAGAUUUAAAAGUGAAGUCAGAAAAUAUAUCAAGCUUACCACCAUCAUCUGAAUCACAUGAUGAAAAAUAUGAUACUAUAAAACCUUGUUCUACUUCAAAAGGUUACACUGUUUUGCAAUUCAGGAUGGAUGAUCUUAGAAGGAAGACACAGUUGAAAUUUAUGAAAUUGCAUUCUAGCAAACAGUCCGAUGACAGAAGUCACAGAACAAAGAUGGGAAGCUGCUAUACUGCUGCAACACUUGAAAAUUCUCAACCAGAAAACAAUGAGGGAAAAGCAGAAUCUUUGGCUGCAGCUACUAGCGAGUUGAAUAGAUUGUUCAAAAAAGAAUAUUUUGGGCAAAUGCAGGUCAUUGGGCAGUUCAAUCUUGGGUUCAUUAUUGGAAAGAUAGAACAAGACUUGUUUAUUAUAGACCAGCAUGCUGCAGAUGAAAAAUAUAAUUUUGAACGACUCUCACAAUCAACCAUCUUGAACUUACAGCCCCUACUUAAGCCAAUGAGGUUGGAAUUAUCACCGGAGGAGGAAGUUGUAGCUUCCAUGAAUAUGCAAAUAAUUAGGGUGAGACAAGGCCAUUGCAGUGAUUAUAAUAGGCGCUCGGGCGAGGCGAGAGCGCCUCGCUUCAUUUCCAGGUGGCGUGCUUCAAAGAGGCGUCGCUUGGGCGCUCGCCCGAGCCUAGGCGCCGGGCGCUUCGGGCGAGCGCCUGGGUUAAACCAGGCGAUCGAACCAGAUUUUUAGGCUCCCUCUCGCGGUUUUCCCAACCCCAGCACUCGCGAUUUUGUCGCCGAGAUUUCUUCUCCGCCGUCGCUGCUCUCUGCUGCCUCUGCCACUGGCGCUGCUUGCCGCUGAUGUUGUCGCUCGCCGUUACUGUCGCCACUCCCGUUGUCGCUCGCAGCUCCCGCUCCCACUCCCACUGUCGCUCCCGCUGCCGUCGCCGCUUGCCGCUCCCGCUCCAGCCAUCGCUGUCGCCUGCUACCGCUGCCGUUGCCUCAGCAGCCUUGGUCUUCUCACACUUUUCUCACUAUACUAUUAACAGUAUACUGUUAACUAUAUACUAAUACUAGUAUUUUUAUUUAUUAGAUUAAUAAUAUAUUAUUUUGAUUUUAAUACUAUUAAUUUUUAUUUAUUUAAAAUUAUUUUUAGGUUUCAGAAUAAAUGGCAAGUGUACAGAGCAACUCAAUAGAUUUGAUGUAAAAUUUUAUUGUUUUGAUUUUUGAGAUUUUUUAUUAAUGUGACAUUGUGAUUUUGUACUCGAUCUUCUUAAUUUAAUAAUAAUUUUUUAUUUAAAUAAUUAUAUUUAUUAAUUAUAUUAUAUAUUGUUAUAUUUUAUCGUCUCGCUUCGCUCGGGCGAGCGCUUCGAGCGUUUUUGGACAUUGACGCCUUUUGGCGCCUAGCGCUUUUUAAAUCACUGGGUCAUUGAUGAGGUAACUCAUUGAGCCCAUGAAUGGGGGUUGGUACUAGCCAGGUGUCUGGAUCAAAGGAAUUUGGCAUGGUAAUUGAGGGAUGAGGGAGGUUGGAGUAGGACAUCAAGAACAAUUUAUGUAUGUGGCAAGGGAUUCAGUUUAGAUAGCUUUAUAGGCAUCCAUGAAAUUAUGUCUUUUGUUCAUGAAAAAAUAUUGAAAAAGUUCUUUAAGUUUCUAUAAUGUACAAUUGGAUUUUGUUGAAAGAUUCUUGGAGAGGAGGGUUUUUUGAAAACUGAUCCUAACUUAAUUUGCUGUUCACAUAAAUGGGAAGGUUAGAGAGGUUUCAGCAGUAUUAGGAAUAUAAAAGACAAAUUGUAGGGAAUAUCAAAGAUAAGAUCAUGAUCUCUCUUGGCAACCUUUUUAGACUGAUUUAUCUUCUAUUCUCUCUCUAAGUUCCUGGGUCUCCUUCAAGACCUUGUGCCACAGGGUGUUACCUGUCACAUUGAUUUGAUCAAAUGCUUUGGAUUCUGUUGGUUUGGUCACGUGAAAUUGUUCAAUCUAUACCUGGCCUGUUAGUUAACUGGGUUAGGAAAGUUCAAGUUCAGCUGCACUCUAAUUGUUCUGAUACAUGUUCUGGUCAAUCUAUGGUUUUACUUUUAUAAAAUUCCUGAUAGUUCUUCAUAUUAAAGUAUUUGCAGUGAUUUUCCAAUUGUCACUAUAAAACAUGUUUAUGAAUCAAAAUAUGGUUAUCAAACACAAUCAUAUAGAUGUGUCCACCAAAUAAUAUCCUGUCACAAAAAAUUAAAUUCCAAUAUAGUCGGCAUCAAGAAUGAAAUUCUUAGCUUAUUCAAGUUACUUGAAUUGCUGGGUUUCAGCUUAGGAUCCAAUGUCUGGAUCAUCUUAUUGGGAAUUGUGCCUUUAUUCCAUUAGCAACAAGAAAAUUUUUAACUCAAGCUUCUAAUUUUUAUUGCACUCUUUGCAUUGUGAUAGUAGCUUUGGUAUGUGUUGUUUGGACUUCUAACACUUUUCUGUGCCUUG